CACAGCUCCAGAUGCACCAAACCGCUUUCAUCAGCCUCAUCUAGAAUGGCAACCACUGACGCACAUAGACUGGCCCUCCAGUCCUUCCUCUCCCGCGGUGUCAUGUCCACCUCUGAGGUCAAGGAACUUCAUAAGAAAGCUUGCCAGACGUUCAAUGUGAACUUUGAAAACACCAUGGAAUGCCUCCGGAAUUUCCUGGAGAAGAUCAAUGAGAACAUCAGCAGUGUUGGCAUGGAGAUCAGAUCCAAGAAAGAUGAAGAGACCGGCAAGCUCAUGUUUGCUCUCGUCAUGACGAAUGAGUCUCAACUCGGGAGACUGUCCUCCGAUUAUCAGAAGAACGAUCUGGAGCUCUUCAAAAAAAUUUUGGAUCUGAUUGUUGAGGCGGAGUCCGGCUGUGUGUCCUCCACCGAUGUCCUGAACCUGGCCAGUCACCUCAAAGAGAAGAUGUCAAAGCAAGACGCACAGAACAUCCUGAGCAGACUUAUCAAAGAGAACUGGCUGACAGAGAGUCAGGGUGAGAUAUCGUUAGCCCCUAGAGCGAUAAUGGAACUGGAACACUACCUGACUGAUGUCUAUGAGGAAGACAUCAGACAUUGCCACCUGUGCAAGGAAAUAGCUAUCAAGGGUCAGUGGUGCCCGUGUGGGCUCAAACUGCAUAUUUUCUGCGCUGCUCGUCUCUUCCGGGGGAAAGACGACUGUCGAUGUCCUGGAUGCAAGGACGUUUGGGAAUUUGAGAUUCCCUCAGAUGACAGAGCCACCAACAGCGCAAGUAAUAAGGAUACAGCAAAUUCGGCGACGACAGGACGGAAGAGGAAAGAUCGACUGUGAAUCAAACUCAUACGAUUAGGCUACAGCUCUCAAUAAGCCAGUAUUUCACAAUGACCCGAGGUCGUUCGGGAUAACAUCCCUGACGCGAUGUUACGCGCACGCCUGUGAUGCUGGUAAUUACACGCAAGCGUUGUGCGCCCAGGUUCAUGCGCUUUUGAAACGUUCGAUUAUCCCGCAUGACCCGUGACUAAUGUCAUUGUGCACACACAUGCACAGUGAAAUACCUAACUGUCUUAUUGUGUAGACAUCUUUGAAAUCCAAGAGAAAUGAAGUGGAAAAUGCUACGACAUAAGCCGUUCCAUUACAUGUAAACAUAUAUCUAGGUCCUUUAUUCUGAAGGAAUAUCAAAUUUAUCAUUCCUUUUCAAAAUCAGUUCUACACUUGUAUUAAAAAAAAGGUUGGAUUAUGUCCUUAGAUUGGCAUAUUAAAUUUGUUCUUUAUACCUAUUGUAAUAUUUGUUCACUGCUUUAUAAGAUUUUACUUUGUUAAAAACAAAAUGUGAAUAGAGAAAAGUUUGGAA